ACAGGAGCUGAAGGAAACACACUCAUAUCACUUUAGAUAUUGACACGAUCUUGCUCAUUCUGUCGAUACAGAUAUAUAAAGAAUAAAUAUGUAGUUUAGCAAUAAAAUUAGUCAUGUAUGUUGGUCAAUGUUAAUUAAUUCCUUGACAAAAAAAAGUUAUUUACCUCGAAUGUUCAACUUUAGAGUUACAGGCUUAAGUUUGUAUCCUUUCAAAUCAAAGCUUUUCAUAAUAUAUUCACCACCAUCAGUCCUGCUCAGGUUAAUGAUCCUAAAUGUUCCAUCACUUAGAGUAAAUGAGGAUCUGGUUUGCAUAAAAAAGAAGAAAAAUCCAUGGCCGUUCUCAGCUUCCGUACUAAAGUACUCAUUUUUCAGUAAAACGUUGUUUUUAAGUCACUUUCAGUCACUUCAAACUGUGUAAAAAUCUUUUUCAACACUUUUAUUUCUUUCCGAGAACAGCCAUCUUCUUUUAAUGCAUUGUUUUCUCGUGAUAACGACUUAUUAUGUCGUAAAAGUAUUUACAGUAUCGUUGGAUUACACCGUUGUGUAUAGCGCACUCUGGCGUGGCACGUGAGCAAUGCACCAUAUUCUGACAGAGUGGGACCUCAUAUUUUGUUGUCCCCUCUUUGCUGUGAUUAUUUUUAGCCGGCACCGAACAACCUAUGGGCCAAACGGACUUCAUCCAUUUGCUUUAAUAUUGGUUAUAUUAACUCUGACCGGCUGUAGCAAACUACUGACAUCAUACAUCUGAAGAUUUGGGAUCAUGUUAUUCAGAUUUGGUGUCAUUCUCACUCCGGAGUCUUCGGACGUGGAGGUGUUUGUGCUAGGCUCCCGUGCAGAAAUGGGCCACUGGGACCCGAGCCGAGCCGUGCAGAUGAAAGCCUCACAGAAGCUACCGUCGCCGCACGAACCGUGUCUGUGGGUCGGCGACGUGCAGCUGGCGGAGCCGGUCAGAGAGCCGCUGUGGUUCAAAUUCGUCAAAAGACUCGGAGGCUCUUUCAUAUGGGAAGGUAGCGGUCCGAGCCAUGACAGGUGCUGCUCAUACGAUGACAGGAACGUGGUGGAUGGGGUGUACUGCCACCCAAUUGGUCACUGGAUAGAGGAAACGGGACACACAGACGAGAUGAAACACACCACCAGUUUUUACUUUGGUGUGGCUGGUCAGAAGGCCAUGCAUUUCUCCAGGGUACUGCCACGUGUCUGGCUGGGCAGCUGCCCUCGACAGGUGGAACAUGUGACUGUAAAGAUGAGGCAUGAAUUGGGAAUUACUGCAGUGAUGAACUUCCAGACGGAGUGGGACGUGGUAAACAACUCCAGUGGCUGCAGGCGCAACGAAGGGGAGGCCAUGACCCCAGAGACCAUGAUGCAUUUGUACAAAGACUGCGGCCUGGCGUACGUGUGGAUACCGACACCUGACAUGAGCACUGAGGGUCGGGCCAGGAUGCUUCCCCAGGCUGUAUUCUUACUUCACGGUCUCUUGGAGAACGGUCACACCGUCUACGUUCACUGUAACGCUGGAGUCGGCCGGUCGACGGCAGCCGUGUGCGGCCUGCUCAUGUAUGUCCUCGGCUGGAACCUGAGGAAGGUGCAGUACUUUGUCACAGCCAGGAGGCCAGCGGUGUACAUAGACGAGGAGGCUCUAGUCCGGGCUCAGGCGGACUUCCUCCUGAAGUUUGGACAACUGCGAUUGUCCAUCUCUUCCCCAGACACAUGAGAGUGGAAAGCUCCCCCUGACUGGACUUUUAGUGAUGAUUCCCGAUGUUGGUGUGAAAGGUGCCAGAAGGUGAAAUAACCUAUAGUGAGAAAAUGAACCUCUUUCCACUUAAAGCUUAUGUACGUAAAUGACCCACCUCAGCUGAGUAACUUUCAAGUCUUGUUGAUGCCCACGUAACUGGAGAGAGCACUACUGCUCCCAUUAAUCCUAGUGUGACGUGUUAGCUUUCAACUUCAUGAAUUACUCUGUGCCAUUUAGCUCAUGCAUUCGCAAAGCAGCCAUGUGAAAGGGUGUUUUGGAAAGACCUUUUUUUCUUUCAGCCUUCUAUUUUUGUGAGCAAUCAGUGAAUAGAGUUGACAUUUUCAGAACUUCAAGCCCCAAAGCAUUGAAGAGCAGUGAAUGAGAGGAACAAACAGCAAACAAACAUAUUAAAAAAGUGAAUUUAACAAGGCCAGGGAUGUUAAUGCAAGGGAGACAUUUCACUUUUCAAGGUGAGAGGGAGGCAGGUCACAAACAAUGCUGCUCACCUCCAUCAUGCCACGCUCCUCAGUACAGGAUUACUCCAUGGUUUGUUAUUGCGUGAUUGUGAAUCUGCUUUUUUUUUUUUUUUUUUCAUUUCGGAAGAGAAAAAUGAUCUUUUCUUUCUUCCUCUUCUUUUGGAGGAAGGUCUUAAUGCUGCAUGAAAAGAGUGCUCUUUGCCAAAGCAACAAAUCAAUUCUGAAAACCAAAAAAAAAAAAAAAAAAACGACAAAGCCUCUCCCUCUCUGUUGGUGAUGCAUUCAGCUCCACGAUGUCGAAGAACACGGCUCCGCCCCAGUGAUAGCAUUUCAUCUGUAUUUAUUUGUCUGACAGAUGCUAUUCCGACUUGUCUCCUAAAUAACAAAACAUCUCUGCCAGACCAUUUUAAUGCAUACAUAAUAAGUUAUUAUUGGAAUACUGUUUGUUGUCAAUUUUGAACUCCUUUCUGGACUCAUACUGAUGACAUAUUGCUUUCUUGAGAUGUGGUGUUUGUGUUGCCUGUGCCUGACUUCUGUAAGUUUGUGGGAGAGGAGAAGAUUUGUUUUCCUCAUAUACCCUCUCAUUACUUUUUCACUGAGUCCCUUCAGAAACCAGCACCAUAUGAGGGAGUCAAUAGAGAAAGGGUGGGCAGUAAACUAUGCAUCUGCGCUAUCAUUACAGAUUUUUCAAACAUUCUAAAAAUAUUCACAAAAACUGAAUACAAAAUGAGUGAAAUGCUUUUUCUUUCUUCUUUUUUUUCAGCGAAGCAGAGUGUGUUAGAAGAAAAUGAUGUUUGUACAGAACUGUAUGUGCGUGGGCACUGUCGCUUACUGGAUGCCAAUGUAAUUGGUAAACAUGUUGCAUUUGUUCCACUUGGUUAUUGUCAGUGAUUGACGCUAUAAGGUGUUUGUAGUCCACAUGAGUUCCAGGACGUGUCAAUCACCUCCACCAGUUCCCCCCAGAUCCUUGCAUUCCAAUUAGACUAAGAAUUACAGAGCAUUUGUAACUGUCAAAGAGAUGGCUUUUCAUGUUGUCGAAAAUUGAUUCCAUGUAGAAUCCACAAAUAUAUCUAAAGUUACACACUG